AUGGUUAAAACUGAACAUAAUCACUCGGUAUCGUCUUGGAAUAAUACGACUCAUCAAUCACAACCGGAUUACUACAUGAAUACGCCGUCAAAUUCUUAUGGAAACGCGGGUUUAAUCAUUAGUGACACGAAUUCGACUACCGAGAAAAUAUCCUCGCCAUCGACAACCGACUUUAAUUCAUCGACAUUGCCCAAUCGUAAAGAAAUCUAUCCGUGGAUGAAUGACAAGAAACAUGGAAGUAAAAAAUCGAAAAGCAAUGCAAAAAAUCUCAACACAACUUCGACCUCUUCAGCAUCUUCUUCUUCCGAUAAAAGCAAUUCAGCACCGUCGAAACGAGCUCGAACAGCUUAUACAAGCGCUCAAUUAGUUGAACUCGAGAAAGAAUUUCUCUAUAGUAAAUAUCUAAAUCGACCCCGACGGAUUGAACUUGCACAAACACUUUGUUUAACUGAACGACAGAUUAAGAUAUGGUUUCAAAAUCGUCGGAUGAAAGACAAAAAAGACGGCAAAAAUCGCACAUCAUAUACGAAUGGAUGUGGAAUGCAUCUGAACAACUCGCCUCUAGCAACAUCAACAACUGAAAAAGAUGACUUAACUCUUCGUUCCUACCAUUCUCCUCAUCCUCAUCAUGCUUAUUAUCAACAUCAACUUCCUCCGCCGCCAUCGUCAUCAAUGUCCGUCCCAUUUCAUUCUCAAGUUAGUUACAAUUCACAAUCGUCUGCAAUCGAUACAUAUGACAUGUCGACAAACUAUCCAAUGAAACAAUCGAAUUACUAUACUAAUGGAAAUCAUCACAAGUUAAGUUACAACUCAACACCAUACGAUAAUUAUUACUUCAAUUCAGAAAAUUCAGCGAUAAAUCAUCAACAAUCCGGUCCAAUGUUACCAUCGUUCAAUUAA